CUGUGGUCUGAAAGCGAGAAUGGAAAAGAUGAGAGAGGAGCAACAUGUUAGAGCGGGCAGGGCGGUAAUUUAGGCGCAUAUCUGUUAUAAAUCUUGCUCUGUUUCUGUGACAGUGCCGUUUAAAUGUGUUUAACCCGCUGGAUGAGCAGCAGAAAGGUGUAUUUUAGCCUCUAGCAGGACGGCUAAGGUUAUUUGUGGCUGUGAAGAGGAGCUGCUGAAGUAACUGGACGGAGGAACAGGAGAGGAGAAAGAUGGUUUCGUGGAUCGUGUCUCGGGUUGUUGUCCUUGUGUUCGGGACACUCUAUCCAGCGUACUACUCCUACAAAGCGGUCAGGACCAAGAAUGUAAAAGAAUACGUGCGAUGGAUGAUGUAUUGGAUCGUGUUUGCUCUUUAUACUGUAGUAGAGACCAUCACAGACCUUUCCUUGGCAUGGUUCCCGUUGUACUACGAGCUGAAAGUGGCUUUUGUUAUCUGGCUGCUGUCACCGUACACCCGAGGAGCCAGUCUGAUAUACAGAAAGUUCCUGCACCCCCUGCUGGCCUCCCGAGAACAGGAGAUAGAUGAUUACAUCGUCCAGGCCAAAGAAAGAAGUUAUGAGACGAUGGUGAACUUCGGCAGGCAAGGCCUCACUAUCGCUGCUACUGCUGCUGUCACUGCUGCUGUUAAGGGACAGGGAGCCAUUAGCGAGCGUCUGAGGAGCUUCAGUAUUCCUGACAUUUCACAGAUCCCUUCUGACCAAUCAGCUUUCGCUAGAUCUCUCCAGCGGGCCAAUCAGAGCACAGAUCCCAGUAUUGAGGGCUCAGAGUAUUACCCAUAUCAGGAAGAGGACGGGCAUGAAGAGGAAGUAGAUGGAGCAUUUUUAGAGGAUGAAUCAUCUCUGCCUAAAGGUCUGCGCAGAACACAGAGCGUGAAGAUCACCCGUUCCAAAGCUGUGCGCAAAGAGCCUCGUUACGGCUCGUUGAAGAUUAAAACCAGAAGGAGGCCCAUGAUCACUACCAGCACUUUUGAACAGCCCUGAUCAGCAUCAUAGAGGAGCCUCUGAUUGGACAGCCUGCUCAUCCUGUACCAUCCUCUAGUGAAGCCUCCAUUCCUACAGCCUCCAUCAUCCUGUAACACACUGGAGCUUGUUACAGUAUGAACAGCCUUCAUCAUACCAUAAUACACACCACUGAAGUCUUUACACAAGCAGCCCCGGCUGUUCUGUUACAAGCACUAAAGAGCCUCGGGAUGCUCUGGCCAUCUUGUAACUAUGUGCAUUACAGGAGCCUCAACAGAAAAGAGUAUCAACAUUUGUCAUCAUGCUGUAAUACACUGCUCUGCCUGAAUCCGGCUUCCAUGCUGUACCAUCUUUGAGGGGAGCAUUUGCACGCACAGUCUUGGUCAUCAUGUAGCAGAACCCAGGAUGCUCUUGCUUUGGAUUUGAACAGACCGGGUCAUUUUGUAAUGUUGUUGCAUUCCAAACCAAGGAGGGGGCCUUCGCAACCAGCCUUAAUUAUAUUGUAACACACGCACACACAAGCUUCUGUAUAACCAGCCCUGGCCAUCCUGUUACACACCAGAAAUGUCUCUGUAUGAACAACCCUUGUCAACCUGUAACACAUAGUACAUCAGCCUCUCAAUGAAAAGCCCUGGCCAUCCUGUAACACAUUCACUAGACCCUUUAGAGCUUUGAUCAACCUUGGUCAUCUUGUUACACAUCAUAGAAGCCUCUGAAUGAGCAACGGCGGUCAUCCUGUAAUGCAAACACACACUAAAAUCCUCUGUAUGAUGACCCUGGUAAUCUGUAACAUGCACAUACACUCAAAAGACUCUGUAUAAUGAGCCUGGUAAUCUGUGACAUGCAAAUGCACACUCAAAAGACUCUGUUUAAUCAACCUUGGUCAUCCUGUUCCACAUCAGAGAAGCCUUUGUAUGAACAACUGUGGUCCUCCUGUAAUGCAAACACGCACUAAAAGCCUCUGUAUGAUAACCCUGGUAAUCUGUAACAUGCACCUACACACUCAAAAGACUCUGUAGGAUGACCCUAGUAAUCUGUGGCAUGAAUACACACCCAAAAGGUAAUAGCACUGUUCUGCCUGAACUCUGCUUCCAAUCUGUACCAUCCUUAAGAAGAGCAUUUGUAAGCACCGUCUUGGUCAUCAUGUAGCAGAACCCAGGAUGCUCAUGCUUUGUAUUUGAACAGAUUGGGUCAGCCUGUUAUGUUGUUGCAUUCCAAACCAAGAAGGGGGCCUUUGCAACCAGCCUUUAUCAUCUUGUAACACGCACACACAAGUAAUCUGUGGCAUGAACACAUACUCAAGACUCUGUUUGAUGCCCCCUGGUAAUCUGGAACAUGCACACAUACUCAAAAAACUUUGUAUGAUGACCACAGUAAUCUGUAACAUGCAGAUCAUAGAAGCCUCUGUAUGAACAACUGUGGUCAUCCUGUAAUGCAAACACACACUAAAGGCCCCUGUAUGAUGCACCCUGGCAAUCUGUAACAUGCACACAUACUCAAAAGGCUGUAUGAUGACCCCGGUAAUCUGUGACAUGCAGAUCAUAGAAGCCUCUGUAUGAACAACUGUGGUCAUCCUGUAACACAAGCACAGAAGCCUUUGUACGAUCAUCCUUGGUCAGGUGCUGAACACUAUGUAGAGAACUUAAACUCCAGCCUAAAUCUGCUGCCUUGUUAUUACUGCACAUUUAAGUUAACAAACAAGUGUUUGUUAUGGUUUAAUUGUCAUGUUUUUCUUUUAACCAACAAACCUAAAGCGGAAAGCUAUCUUUUUUUUUUUAUCAGAGAACAGAACAGACAUAGAUACAGUGUCAUCAAAAGCUAUUUGCAUACUAAUAGCACUUUUUUUUGGAGAAUCUUUAGCCUGUAGCUGAAUCUUAAACUGUGCCCUUAUCACUGUUCCCUACAUUCAAAAAUACAGCGCUCAGCAUUUUUCCUCAGAGAACUUGCACUGCCAUGGUGGAUUAUGAGUGUUUCCUCAUUCACUCAGUGUAUUUGUUAUUUACUAGAGAUGUUACAUUUGAGGAAAUGGGUCACUGGUUGAUAUACAGUAUGAAUGGAAAUUUAUAUAUCCUAAUGCUUAAUAUGGCAUCUAUUUCUGAGUAUAAUCCUACCAUUCAACAAAAAGAGCAAGCUAGUUACCCAACCAACUAUUCAGAAGGCUUUUUUUCGUAUUUUAUCAGUGAUUUAAAAUAUGUUUUGGAAAGAUAAUUUAAAGUCCCUGAAAAGAAAAAAAAUUGUGCUGAAUUUUUUGCACUACAAGGCACACUUAAAAUCCUUAAUCCUUUAUUUUCCCAAAAAUCGUCAGUUGGCCUUAUAAUCCAGUGCUCUUUAUGUAUGAAUUCUACCAGUCAGGUUGUAAGGAGCUGUUAAGCCACUCCACUGAAGUAACUUUACAGAGAACUUUUCAGUUUAGUUCUUCAGCAGCAUUAGCAUUAGCCGCUAACAGUGCUAAAGUCAAGCUCUUUGGCUGUUCAGAGGUGAGUACAACCCCUGGCAAAAAGUAUGGAAUCACCAGUCUUGGAUGAG